AUGUUAGUUAAGAGAUAUCGUGUUCAAAUUAACCAUCUUUUAUAGAAUGAUAAUAAAGUUUACUAUUAAAUCACAGUUACAAAAGUAAAUAAUGAAAAUGAAACAAAAAUAACUAUAAAUCGAUAUUCAGAAUUAAAAGAUUUUCAUGAUAAAUUGCAUAAGAAUGUUACUCUAUUAAAAUUAUAAAUGCAAUUACCAUAAUUUCCUGGAAGAUCUCUUUUUAGUAAAACAAAUUAGAAUGAAGAAAAAAUUAUAAAAAGAAAAAUUGAAUUAGAAACCUAUUUCAAUGAACUUUUUAGUAUUGAUAAAAUACUUAGUUUAACUCCAGUCUAAUAAUAUUUACCAAUAGAAAAUCUUUAAAAUUAAUAGUAUUUAUAUUAUUAUGAUUAUUAGAAUGAAUAUAAGUAUAAGGAUUGAAAACUAUGUAAUUUAUGAUGAAGUUGUUAUAUAUAUACUUCGUUUCAAAAAUAAUUAAGCAAAUGAUGAAUGGAUAUAUAAAAAAAGAUAUUCUGAAAUCAAAAGUAUUCAUGAUGCUCUUCUUGAUCAAGGAUUUAAAAAUAAGUUGCCAUAAUUCCCAACAAGGAAAUUAUUUGGAUAAACUAAUGAAAAUCCAGGUAUUAUAUAAAAUUUAUAAUUAUAAGAGACUAUAGAAAAGAGAAAAGAAGAUUUAGAAAAUUAUUUGAAUGCUUUAUUCUGCACUUAAGAGAUAUAAGAAAGCUAAAUCAUUUAAUUUCUUAUAUCAGAUUCUAAAAAAUAUCAUGAGAAGAAUCUCAAACUUGAAUAAUUAAAAAAAUCUUCUACUUUAAAAGCUAAAGGUGGAGAUUUAAAUAAAAGAAUUGAUGAAUUUCCAUAGAGAAAAAACUAAUAAAUUAAUGAAAAUUAAUGA